GGAGUUCCGCGGUCUCCAGACACCUGUCCACGGUACCACGCAAUCCGGAUCAGUCCGUGUUCUGGUUUCACACUCAGCUGUGUGCGUGUCCGCUUCAACGCACAUGACGUCACCUCCCAUCGGACCCGACGAUCCGGAUCAUGGAUUUAAUGAACGCAGGGCAGAAGUACCGACCGGCACAGGACAGUGACUGUGAUCCCACUCUGCACUUCCUGCCAGCAUCAGACACCACAGGGCUGGAGAAGAGGCCAGGCUGCCGGCGGCGGCUGUGGAUUGGUGUGGGCCUCGUGCUGUCAGCCGCUGUGGUGUCGCUGCUCACUGGAUUGCUGGUCUGGAACUUCCACUUGCGCUCUGAUGUCAGAGUGAAGCGAGUCUACAUCGGCUCCAUGGGAAUCUCCCAGCAGCAUUUCCUGGAGUCUUAUGAAGAUCCCACCAGUCCUCAGUUCCAGCACUUGGCAUAUCUGGUCAACCAGCAGCUCACUCUGAUUUAUUCCAGAAACUUGCAGCUCUCUGAAUAUUUUCGCAGCACCACCGUCCAAGCCUUCAGUGACGGCGGCGGUGACAUCACAGUGGCGUAUUACCAGUCAGAGUUUGACGUCCCCGUCCCACAGCAGGACGCCAUCGAUGACGCCAUCGAAUCUCUGGAGCCUCUGGUGGGACUCCAGCAAAGUUCCAAGUCACGGCUGCUGCUGAGACCCGUCAGCCCGCUGGAGGUCGCCAGUGUGACGACAGGAGCUUUGGAUCCACGUUUGACUCGAACGUCUUUAUUUGGAAACAUUUUCGAGGUCAAUGUCAGUAGGUCGGGAGUCGUGGAGUCUCCAGGGUUUCCGGACUCGCCGUACGCCCCCAACUGUUACCUGCAGUGGAGACUGCGGGCCGAGCCAGGUCACCGUAUCCGGCUGGACUUCGACACCCUCUUCCUGGAGGACGACUGCCAGCAGGACUUCAUCAAGAUCUACGACUCGCUGGUUCCAAUCGAGCACCGCGUGCUGACAGAGAAGUGUGGGUACUCUCACGGUCUUUCCUUUCUUUCGUCUGGAAAUGUCAUGCUGUUGACUCUGGUCACCAGUGAGGAAAAGAACUUCCCUGGCUUCAGAGCCAGUUAUUCCCAGAUCCUCCUGACUGAAGGAAAGUGCGGUGGGAAACUGUCGGGACUCAAAGGCUCCUUCUCCUCGCCGUUCUUCCCGUCUUACUACCCUCCAAAGACUAUGUGUGUCUGGAACAUUGAGGUUCCCUCAGACAACAUUGUGAAGAUUCACUUCACCAAGUUCUCCGUGUCCGACCCGGGUCAGUCCAGCCACCAGUGUUCCACAGACUAUGUCGACAUCAGCGGUCAAAGGUUGUGUGGUCCAAAGCCAAACACCACAGUGAUCAUCACCGUCCGAAACAACGCUGUCACGGUCAUAUUUCAGUCUGACUCGUCCCAUGUUGACCAGGGUUUCAUCGCUGAGUUUGAAGCUUUUGUCCCCACAAACCCCUGUCCGGGCCGGUUCCCAUGCACCAACAACCUGUGCAUCGACGCCGCGCUGCGCUGCGAUGGCUGGGAGGACUGCAGCGACGGCAGCGACGAACUCCACUGCCCCGUGGCUCCACAGCGCUGCACCACGUCCAUGUUCCGCUGCAGAAACGGAAACUGCGUCAGCAAACUGAACCCGGAAUGCGAUGGUGAGAAUGACUGUGAGGACGGCACAGACGAGGAUGGAUGCCAGUGUGGUGUAAGGCCGUACCUCAGCUCCAAGAUCGUUGGCGGUCAGAUGGCUCGAGAAGGGGAGUCGCCUUGGCAAGUCAGCCUUCAUCUCAGGGGCAGGAAGCACGUGUGCGGCGCGUCGGUGCUGAACCACCGCUGGCUCCUGACCGCAGCUCACUGUGUCCAGGAUGACGGCAAAAACAAGUACUCCCAGGCUGACCAAUGGGAGGCCUUGUUGGGCCUGCAUCUGCAAAGUCUGGCUGAACAGUGGCGAGUGAGGAGGAAUGUGAAACAGAUCAUCGCCCAUCAUGCCUACGACCCCGUGACCAACGACAAUGACAUCGCUCUAAUUGAGCUGGACGCCAACGUCACACUGAACCAGAAUGUCUGGCCCAUCUGUCUGCCCGCAGCCACGUACGACGUCCCCACAGGCAGGGAGGCGUGGAUCACCGGCUGGGGGACCACCAGAGAAGGCGGAUUUGAUGCCGUCGCCCUGCAGAAGGCAGAAGUUCGUAUCAUCAACAGCACGGUGUGCAGCAGUUUGAUGAACGGCGAGAUCACGGAGCGCAUGCUGUGCGCCGGAGUCCUCAAAGGAGGUGUGGACGCCUGUCAGGGCGACUCUGGUGGCCCACUGACCGUCAUAGGACCAGGUGGACAGGCUUUCCAGGUGGGCGUGGUGAGCUGGGGUGAGGGCUGCGCACGCCGCAACAAGCCUGGGGUCUACACCCGAGUUUCUAAAUACCGGAGCUGGAUAAAGGAAAAGAGCGGCGUGUAGUUCCUGCGAUGGAACAACAACUGAAGGGAUUCUGUGUACACAGUGUUUUUCUCUUUGUCCUGCUGGGGGCGCCAUUGGGUUGGACAAAGCCUUUGUGGGUUCUUCUUCAGUGCCACAUCUCUGUGGCCUGGUGGUGGCCAUGUUUGGAUCUCUAAUGGUGCGGAUGGAACCUUUGGAUCCAUCCUGGACCACAUGAAGCAUCUUCACUUGGUGAAUCACUGCAAACUGGAUUAAAGUGGGUUCAGGAA